AUGCUGCAGCGUCUGCGCUCCUCCCUGUGCCGGGUGCUCGCCCGUGGCUCAGCAUUCGGACCUCCAGGGCUCGCCACGCGGAACUGCAGCCCCGGGCUUGUAGGAUUCGCCGUGCGCCACGUGUCGCCGCUGCGCCACGCAUUCCCACGCGCCCGCAGCUUCGUCAUGGCCUGCUUGCCCCGGGCAACUGCAGCCCUGGCCCGCCAGGACUGCAGUAAUGGAAGCCCGGCGCCCUUUGCUGGAGAAAGAGGAUCAGAAGUGGCCGACACUUUCAGGGCCAAAGACCUCAUCAUCACACCAGCCACCGUGUUAAAGGAAAAGCCAGACCCCGACUCGCUGGUGUUUGGAACUGUGUUUACCGAUCACAUGUUGACGGUGGAGUGGUCCUCUGCGUCAGGAUGGGAGAAACCUCACAUUAAGCCCUUUGACAACUUGUCUAUACAUCCUGCCGCCUCAGCUUUGCACUACGGUGUGGAACUCUUUGAAGGCUUGAAGGCUUUUCGGGGAGUUGAUAACAAGAUCCGGUUGUUUCGACCAGACCUCAACAUGAAGAGAAUGUACCGAUCGGCUGUGAGGACCACUUUGCCGGUGUUUGACGAGGAGGAGCUUCUAGAAUGCAUUCUGCAGCUCAUACAGAUCGACCAAGAGUGGGUCCCCUACUCCACCUCUGCCAGUCUCUACAUCCGCCCCACGUUUAUUGGAACCGAGCCGUCUCUUGGAGUCAAGAAGCCAUCCAAAGCCCAGAUCUUUGUGAUCCUGAGCCCUGUGGGAUCUUAUUUUUCUGGUGGAACAUUUAAUCCAGUGUCACUGUGGGCCAAUCCAAAAUAUGUCAGAGCCUGGAAAGGUGGAACUGGGGACUGCAAGAUGGGCGGCAAUUACGGUGCAUCCCUUUUGGCGCAGUGUGAGGCAGCGGAGAACGGCUGUCAGCAGGUCCUCUGGCUGUAUGGCAAGGAUGACCAGAUAACCGAAGUGGGCACCAUGAAUCUGUUCCUCUACUGGAUAAACGAAGAUGGAGAAGAAGAGCUGGCGACGCCUCCGCUAGAUGGCAUCAUUCUCCCAGGUGUGACGAGGCAGAGCAUCAUCGAGCUGGCACAGCAGUGGGGUGAGUUUAAGGUGUGUGAGAGGUACCUCACCAUGAAUGACCUGACCACCGCCCUGGAGGGGAACAGAGUGAAGGAGUUGUUCGGCUCAGGGACGGCCGGCAUUGUCUGUCCCAUCUCGGAAGUUCUGUACAAAGACCAGAUGCUGCACAUCCCAACAAUGGAGAAUGGGCCCAAGCUUGCAAGCCGCAUCUUGGAAGAGUUGACCAAUAUCCAGUACGGAAGGGUGGAGAGUGACUGGACAAUCGUGUUACCCUGAUGGAAAAUCCCAGUGGGUCGGUGGUGUGCCACAGAAGACAGACCUCCGCCCCGAACCGUGACCGCCUCUUUAGUUUUGUGUGUUAGAGUUGCAGUGUUCGUGUGCUACCAAGCGGAGGGUUUUCCUUGAGCCACAGGAAAUUGUCAGUGCCAGAUGUCACCUGCAAACGCCGUAGCGACUACUGUCGC